AUGUUCCAAGAGGCUUCAAAGGACUCGGGUUUCCCUGCGACUCACUCGUAUGGCCAGCGACAAGCCAGCAACAAACUGCUGAAUCCCAGGUCACUUUUAGCUGAAGCUUUGAACUUACGUCACCUGAUCGUGGCGACGGCCUGUGCCUUGCGACAGAUCCCCGAUGUGCCGCAGUUCAUCGCUGUUGCCAGGUGUAUUGGUUGGCACUCUUGCGAAGCUACUUGGAAAGUCGGAACUAGACUGGGCAUUGUGCAGCAGAUUGGUUGUUGUUGGCUCAUAGAGAUCAAAAUCAAUGAAGUUUGCACCCAACUCGUUUCUUGGGAUAGGGAAACGACAAGGUCCUGGCAUGUCUUGGCUACAAGCGAGCAGAGGCGUCUAGUCCUCAUGGCACCAGGCCUCGCGGCCUCGCCCAGUCCCAGGAAAGGUUCUGGGAACCUUCUUGGAAGGGACCUGUGUCUAGGUGGGUUCCAAAGGUGUUUGUCCUGCGAACCAUGGCUUGCUUAA